CGCUCCCUUCUCAUGGACACACAGAAGGACAAGCUGCUCGCGAAGGCCGAGAGGCUGAACGUCUACCGCCAUGGGCCGGUGGCGUACCUCAAGAAGUCCAUCACGGCGCUGCUCUUUGAGAACUGGGUCAACGUGCUCAUGAUCUGCUUCCCGCUGGCGAUCCACAUGGAGGAGAACCAUGGCGACCCAUCCAACAUCUUCUUCUGCUCGCUGCUCGCCAUCGCGCCCUUCGCCGAGCGCCUCUCCUUCGUCACCGAGCAGCUGGCUCUCCACACGAGCGAGGUGCUGGGCGGCAUGCUGAACGCAACCUUUGGAAACGUCACGGAGCUGAUCGUCUCGCUCUUCGCGCUCAAGUACGGAAUGCUGCGCAUCGUGCAGUGCUCGCUGCUCGGCUCCAUCCUCUCCAACCUGAUGCUCGUCCUCGGCUGCGCCUUCUUCGCCGGCGGCAUCGUCACCAAGCAGCAAAAGUUCUCGGCGCCGGCCUCCUCCGUCAACUACUCGCUCCUUGUGCUCAGCGCGUCGUCGUCGCUGCUGCCGUGCGCGAUCGACGCCAACCCGAGCGAGGGCGCGCCGCCCGGCUCCGGCCUGGUCGUCUCGCGCGUCCUCUCGUGCAUGAUGCUCGUCGUCUAUGUCUGCUACGUCACCUUUCAGCUGGUGACACACACGUUCCUGUACGAGGACGACGACGACGACGACGAGGAGGCGGGCGAGGGCGAGGAGGAGGAGGAGGAGGAGGCGGUGCUCGGCGUGGCGGGCUCGGUCUUCUGGCUCGCCGUCAUCACCGUCGUCAUCUCGAUCCUCUCCGAGUACAUGGUGGACUCGCUCGAGGCGGCGGCCGUCGGCUGGGGCGUGCCCGACCUCUUCCUCGGCACCAUCAUCAUCCCCAUCGUCGGCAACGCGGCCGAGCACGCCGCCGCCAUCAUCUUCGCCGUCAAGAACAAGAUGGAGCUCGCGCUCGGCAUCGCCGUCGGCUCCUCGAUCCAGAUCGGCGUCUUCUGCGUGCCGCUCCUCUGCGUCUUUGCGUGGUCCAUCGACAUCGAGCUCUCGCUCAACUUUGGCCUCUUCGAGUGCCUCACCUACCUCAUCACCGCCCUCGUCGUCGGCGCCAUCAUCACCUCGGGGCAGUCCAACUGGCUGCAGGGCGUCGUCCUCAUCACCGGCUACGCCUUCGUCUCCGCCGCCUUCUUUGUGCACGCCGACCCGCCCGAGCUCGCCAGCCACGCGGAGCACCAUCACGAGUAGGAGAUGCCCCGAGGCGCCCCCGAGGCGUCUCCGGCCUCCCCUCGCCUUGAGCGAGGAAAUCUCUCGAGGAGAGCGCGGCGCCAUCGAGCGAAGCGGCGGGAUCAUUUUAGGCGCAACCCGCCGCGCGGGCUCUGCGCCGCCCGGGACGCCGACGUCCGCCGCUCCUUUUCGCGCGGGACAACAGACUGAGAACAGAGUUCACAGCUGACGGCUAACGGCCCACGGCAGCGCAUAGAAUGUCACUGGACUCACUGUGUCAUUCUUACCUGAGUUAUUCGGAAUGUGCAUGUUAACAUAUAACAACUCCGCCCAGCUC